GUGUGUAUGAUAUUGUAUCGUUAACAUGAACAGAAAUUAUUUAUUGUUAAAAUAGGAUUAAAUAAAUGUAAUAAUCUUUAUCAAUGUUAAAAUUAUUUAUUACCGUAUUAUGUCUAUUAAUUAAUUAAAAAAAAUGAAGUGAAGCUUCAUUUAAUAGAAUGAAAAAUUCCGGAGUUAGAUUAUGAGGUUAAAUUGAAUAACAAUAAUGACAGAUGAAAGUUAAAAAAAUUAAAGAUUAAUAUAAAUAUUCUUUAAUAAAUACAUUAUUAAUAAAUAUUAUUAACUACUGGUAUUAAACAAAUAAUAAAAAUGGACGUAAAACCGAAGAGUGAACAGCUUUUAGCGUUGAAAGUGAUGCGCUUAACGAGGCCAACAAUUGGAAUGCCGAUUGUAGUAACAUGUGAUUCAACUGAUCUUCCAGGGAAUACUUUAAAUAAUGAAUUAAAAAAUGAUUGUACUGCCUUGCAAGGAAUGGAAUGUUUGGCAGUGGGUCAAUUUAUGGUUUUACCUCAAAGUUUUGGAAAUAUUUAUUUAGGUGAAAUUUUUUCAAGUUAUUUAUGUGUUCAUAAUGGCAGUAAUCAAUUAGUAACAAAUAUUCAUGUAAAAGCAGAUUUACAAACAAGUACACAAACUAUUCAAUUAUCGAAUAAAAAUACUGAUGAACUGGCUCCUGAUAACACAAUGGAUGAAGUGAUUCAUCAUGAAGUUAAAGAAAUCGGAACUCACAUAUUAGUAUGUGAAGUAAGUUAUGUGCCUACGACAAUUGGUAGUACACCUCAGUCAUUUAGAAAAUUUUUUAAAUUUCAAGUCGUUAAACCAUUGGACGUAAAAACAAAGUUUUAUAAUGCAGAGUCAGAUGAAAUUUACGUAGAAGCACAGAUUCAAAAUUUAACGGCUGGACCGAUAUGUUUAGAAAAAGUUGAUUUAGAAUCAUUAAAUUUAUUUGUGGUAUCAACCUUAAACGUAAAUGACAAACAAGAAUCAAUUUUCGGUAAAGUAAAUGUCUUAGAUCCCACAUGCAGCAGACAAUAUCUUUACUGCUUAAAACCACAAUCCAAUCUUGUACAACAUUUAAAACUAUUACAUGGUGAAACUAGUAUUGGUAAAUUAGAUAUUGUAUGGCGAAGUAAUAUGGGUGAAAGAGGACGAUUACAAACUAGUCAACUUCAAAGAAUGGUAUCUGAUUAUGGAGAUUUGAGAGUCACUGCUAAAGAUGUACCAUCUGAAGUAUUUCUUGAAGAAAUACUAGAAUUUAAAUGCCGUAUCAUAAAUACUUCAGAAAGAAACAUGGAUUUAUUGAUGAGUCUAGAAUCAAACAGUUCAAUAGCUUACUGUGGAAUUUCAGACAUUACUUUAGGAACUCUGAAGCCUGGAACUUUUUUGGAUGUUCCUUUACGAUUGAUUCCUUUGGAAUGCGGAUUAAUCAUGAUUUCCGGAUUAAAACUAACGGAUACAUUCCUUAAAAGAGUGUACGAUUAUGAAGAUCUCGUACAAAUUUUUGUGGUGCAAAAAGAUGAAUAACUAAUUUAAAAAGAAAUGUAAAUAAAAAGCUAUUAUUUAUAUAAAAGAAAUAAAAUAUUAAGGUAAA